UUAGAGUUUACCUAAGGGUUUAGAGUUUAGGAUUUGAGUUUAGGGUUUAGUAUUAGAGUUUAGGGUUUAGUAUUAGAGUUUAGGGUUUAGUGUUUUGUUGACAAUAUUUCUUUUUUUUUGAAUUCGUUUUUAUAUAUUAUUUUUAUUUAUUUUUAAAUUUUAUUUUGAAAAGAUAAUAUAAUUUGCCAAAUUAUUUGGUUUCCUUAAUUAAAAGAUACUAGAUCUAAAAUGACAAUUUUCUAUUGGUUGGUGAACCUAAAGGUUCACUCUAGGGGGUGAACCUAAGAAUAACUCUUUACACACCCGACCUCGUUCCCCUAUAAAUACCAAACCACCACAAGUGAAACAACACAAACUACAAAGAGAAACACACAAAAGUGAAGUCAGUCAAAUUCAAUUCAAAACAAUCAACCAUGGUUGCAAGAAGUGAGAAUCUUGAUCGGACUGUGGAAGGUACGGCGGGAAAUAACGAAAAACUUGAGAGGACGGUGGAAGAUAAGGCGGCGAACUGUCUGAUGCUGUUAUCAAGAAUUGGGGAAAACGGCGGAGGAGGCCGAGAGAGUCGUGUUUACAGAUGCAAAACGUGUAUGAAAGAGUUCUCAUCGUUCCAAUCUUUAGGAGGCCAUCGCGCAAGCCACAAUAAACACGUUAACAACAGCAGCAGCGACGAACAGUCGUCACUUUCUUCGGGAUCCAUCGCUAAGACCAAGAGGAAGACCACGAACACAACAAGGUCGCAUCCUUGUCCGAUAUGUGACGUGGAUUUUCCGAUAGGACAGGCUCUUGGUGGUCACAUGAGGAAGCAUAGGAACGAGGAAGAGGCUAGCGGCGCGUUGGUUACACGCUCUUUUCUCCCUGAGGCGGCGACUUCGAUGAUUACGACAUUGAAGAAAUCGAGUAGUGGGAAAAGAGUUGCGUGUUUUGACUUGGGGCCAGAUUCUGUGGAGAGUAGCAUCAAUUUGAACUUGGAGUUAGGAAGUAGUAUGUACUGAUUUUCCAUAUUCAUCUGGAUAUAGUUCCUAUUCCUUAGUUUUAUAUAUAGAGUAAGCUAGCAUCUUGAUUUUGCAUAGAGUUGUUGUAUAUGGGAUAUGAUUUUACAUGAAAGCUCGCAGGGUUGAGAUAUGAAUGUUGCAGUAGUUUUGAAACUAGAAUAUAACCGUUGUUACAGGUCUAGUUGUUAUGGUUAACCACAACUGAAUUUGAAAAGUUUCAUGAUCACUGACAAUUCAGAACAGAUGUUUGUAUUUGAGUAAUGUCAAUGGGAAAAGCUACUGCGUAAUCAAAUAUAGUUUUUUGUUGGAAUAAAAAAGAAUAGCAUACAUUUUUGUA